CAUUACUUCACUGUUAACUUCAACCAUGAGAACCAGAAGACGCUGGAGCUGCGGACGGAGGAUGCCAAAGACUGUGACGAGUGGGUUGCAGCCAUAGCUCAUGCCAGCUACAGGACCCUGGCGACGGAGCACGAGGCGCUGAUGCAGAAGUACCUCCAUCUCCUGCAGAUUGUGGAAACGGAGAAGACCGUUGCCAAGCAACUCCGCCAGCAGAUCGAGGCCGGGGAGAUCGAGAUCGAGUGCCUGAAGGGGGCCCCGUGGAUCGCCUCCCUGCUCAAGGAUCACGAGCGCAUCCAGGCCGGCCAGAGCAGCGCGCCCAGCGACGACGACAGCGACAUCAAGAAGAUCAAGAAGGUGCAGAGCUUCCUGCGGGGCUGGCUGUGCCGCAGGAAGUGGAAAACCAUCAUCCAGGACUACAUCAGGUCGCCCCAUUUUUUGAACCAGGUGGUGUUCAGCAUGCUGGAGGCGGAGGCCGAGUACGUGCAGCAGCUCCACAUCCUGGUCAACAACUUCCUGCGGCCGCUGCGCAUGGCUGCCAGCUCCAAGAAGCCUCCCAUCACGCACGACGACGUCAGCAGCAUAUUCCUCAACAGCGAAACCAUCAUGUUUUUGCACCAGAUCUUCUACCAGGGCCUCAAGGCAAGGAUCUCCAGCUGGCCAACGCUCGUGCUGGCCGACCUGUUCGACAUCCUGCUGCCCAUGCUGAACAUCUACCAGGAGUUCGUGAGGAACCACCAGUACAGCCUGCAGAUCCUGGCGCACUGCAAGCAGAACCGCGACUUCGACAAGCUGCUCAAGCACUACGAGGCCAAGCCCGACUGCGAGGAGAGGACCCUGGAGACCUUCCUCACCUACCCCAUGUUCCAGAUCCCCAGGUACAUCCUGACGCUGCACGAGCUGCUGGCUCACACCCCCCAUGAGCACGUGGAGAGGAACAGCCUGGAUUACGCCAAGUCUAAGCUGGAAGAGCUGUCCAGGAUAAUGCACGAUGAGGUGAGUGAGACAGAAAAUAUCCGGAAGAAUCUGGCGAUCGAGAGGAUGAUCAUCGAGGGCUGCGAGAUCCUGCUGGACACCAGCCAGACCUUCGUGAGGCAAGGGUCCCUCAUCCAGGUGCCGAUGUCGGAGAAAGGGAAGAUCACGCGGGGCCGGCUGGGCUCCCUCUCGCUGCGGAAGGAGGGCGAGCGGCAGUGCUUCCUCUUCUCCAAGCACUUGAUCAUCUGCACCAGGGGCUCCGGGGGCAAGCUGCACCUCACCAAGAACGGCGUGAUCUCCCUCAUCGACUGCACGCUGGUGGAGGAGCCGGAGAGCACCGACGAGGAUGCAAAAACAUCAGGGCAAGACAUCGACCACCUUGACUUCAAAAUCGUGGUGGAGCCCAAAGAUUCCUCCUCUUUCACGGUUAUCUGGACCAGCGACAUCAGCCAGUGUGUGGACAACAUCCGCUGCAACGGGCUCAUGAUGAACGCCUUCGAGGAGAACUCCAAGGUCACCGUCCCGCAGAUGAUCAAGUCUGAUGCCAGCUUGUAUUGUGAUGAUGUUGACAUUAGGUUCAGUAAAACGAUGAAUUCCUGCAAGGUCCUGCAGAUCCGCUAUGCGAGCGUGGAGCGGCUCCUGGAGAGGCUGACGGACCUGCGCUUCCUCAGCAUCGACUUUCUCAACACCUUCCUGCAUUCCUACCGUGUCUUCACCACCGCCCUGGUCGUCCUCGACAAGCUCAUCACCAUCUAUAAGAAGCCCAUCAGUGCCAUCCCUGCAAGGUCCCUGGAGCUGCUGUUUGCAAACAGCCAGAACAACAAGCUGCUCUACGGCGAGCCCCCCAAGUCCCCCAGGGCCAACCGCAAGUUCUCCUCGCCUCCCCCCCUGUCCAUCACCAAGUCCUCAUCCCCCAGCCGGCGGAGGAAGCUCUCCCUCAACAUCCCCAUCAUCACCGGGGGCAAGGCGCUGGACCUGGCUGCCCUGAGCUGCUCCUCCAAUGGCUAUGCAAGCAUGUACUCCUCCAUGGCUCCCUUCAGCAAGACCACGCUGGACAUAAACAAACUGUAUGUGUCCAGUAACUACCCCAAUAAAAUCCCUGAUGAAGGAGAAGCAGCUUCAGAAAAGCAAGAGGAGUCGCUGCCAGGCAAGCAGGGCUCGGAGGUGUCGGUCAGGGAGGAGUCGGACACGGAUCCCAACCACAGUGAUGAAGCAGAAGCUGAAACUUCCCCAACAAAAUCUCCGACGACUCCCAAGUCCGUCAAGUGCAAAAACUCAGCAGGUAACGAUUUCUCCUACAACAACGGCGUGGUCAUGCCGUCCUGCCGGGAGCUCGACAGCACCCGCAGCGCCCUGUCCGCUGCCUCCGCCUUCGCCAUCGCCACGGCGGGAGCCAACGAGGGGACCCCCACCAAGGAGAAGUACCGCAGGAUGUCCCUUGCCAGCGCAGGCUUCCCGACGGAUCAGCGGAAUGGGGACAAGGAGUUUGUGAUCCGGAGAGCAGCCACCAACCGUGUCCUCAAUGUGCUGCGGCACUGGGUCUCCAAACACUCGCAGGACUUUGAAACCAAUGAGGAGCUGAAGUUCCGAGUGAUCGGCUUCCUGGAGGAGGUUAUCCACGAUCCUGAGCUCCUGACCCAGGAGAGGAAAGCAGCCGCCAACAUCAUAAGGACCUUGACACAGGAGGAUCCAGGAGACAAUCAGAUAACCCUGGAAGAGGUCGUACAGAUGGCUGAGGGAGUCAAAGCAGAACCCUUUGAAAACCACUCAGCCCUGGAAAUAGCAGAACAACUGACGCUGCUGGAUCACCUGGUCUUCAAGAAGAUCCCCUAUGAAGAGUUCUUUGGGCAAGGCUGGAUGAAGCUGGAGAAGAACGAAAGGACUCCAUACAUCAUGAAGAACACAAAACACUUCAAUGAUGUCAGCAACUUGAUCGCGUCGGAGAUCAUCCGGAACGAGGAGAUCAACGCGCGGGUGAGCGCCAUCGAGAAGUGGGUGGCGGUGGCGGACAUCUGCCGGUGCCUGCACAACUACAACGCCGUGCUGGAGAUCACCUCCUCGCUCAACCGCAGCGCCAUCUUCCGCCUCAAGAAGACCUGGCUCAAGGUCUCCAAGCAGACCAAGGCUCUGAUCGAUAAGCUGCAGAAGCUGGUGUCAUCCGAGGGCAGGUUCAAGAACCUGAGGGAGGCACUGAAAAAUUGUGACCCUCCAUGUGUCCCCUACCUGGGAAUGUACCUGACCGACCUGGCGUUCAUCGAGGAGGGCACCCCCAACUACACUGAGGACGGGCUGGUGAACUUCUCCAAGAUGAGGAUGAUUUCACACAUCAUAAGGGAGAUCCGCCAGUUCCAGCAAACCUCCUACAAGAUUGAGCACCAGCCUAAGGUGACGCAGUACCUGCUGGACCAGUCGUUUGUGAUGGAUGAAGAAACCCUUUACGAAGCUUCUCUGCGAAUAGAGCCCAAGCUUCUUUCCUGA